CAUAUGGCAGAAGCUUUCCUUCAAAUUGUGAUUGAAAAUAUCACUUCUUUCCUUGAAGGGGAACUUUCAUUGCUUUUCGGUUUUGAAAAUGAGUUUGAAAAUCUUUCGAGCAGGUUUUCUACAAUCCAAGCCGUGCUUGAAGAUGCUCAGAUGAAGCAACUCAAAGACAAGGCGAUUAAAAACUGGUUACACAAACUCAAUGCUGCUGCGUAUAAAGUUGAUGACAUAUUAGAUGAAUGUAAAUAUGAGGCAACAAGACUCAAGCAAUAUCGACUAAGGCGUUGUCAUCCAGGGAUUUUCACUUUCCGUCACAAGAUUGGGAAAAGGAUGAAAGAGAUGAUGGAGAAACUAGAUGCAAUUGCUAAGGAAAGAAUGGAUUUUCAUUUACAAGAAAAAUUAAUAGAGAGACAAGCUGCUAGACGGGAAACAUGUUCUAUUUUAACUGAACCACAAGUUUAUAGAAGGGACAAAGAGGAAGAUGAGAUAGUGAAAAUCCUGAUAAACUAUGUUAGUGAUGCCCAACAACUUUCGGUCCUCCCAAUAGUUGAUAUGGGGGGACUAGGAAAGACUACUCUUGCCCAAAUGGUCUUCAAUGAUCAGAGAGUGAUUGAGCAUUUUAAUCCCAAAAUAUGGAUUUGUGUCUCGGACAAUUUUAAUGAGAAGAGGUUGAUAAAGGCAAUUCUAGAAUCUGCUGAAGGAAGGCCACUACUUGGUUACAUGGACUUGGCUCCACUUCAAAAGAAGCUUCAGGAGUUGCUGAAUGGAAAAGAUACCUACUCAUCUUAG